AUGGCCUUGUUUACAACACGCGCCUUCGAUGAAACUAUCCAUCUCACUAACGUUGAAGUGAAUGAGAAAAACCCUGACUACAAACUACGUUACUCUAUGCAAACUGGACACAAAUGGUCAUUUAAUAAGCUAUGGGAGCAUUUGAAAACUAAAGAUGGAACCGACCACGAGCCGAUUUGGGAGAAGAUCAAAGACAUCGCAUUAAAGACGAUAAUCAGCGGGGAACCAGAUAUGUUCGAGGGAGUACAGACGUACCUGCUGAGCAAAUACAGUGGACAUGAACUGUUCGGCUUUGAUAUACUGCUGGACAAGAACCUAAAGCCCUGGGUCCUGGAAGUUAACGUAGCACCUGGUAUCCAGGGACACUCUGGUAAUCCUCACCCCGCCUUUGAUCCUAUGUGCAGAGAUAUGCUGAACUUAGCUGGCUACAGAAUACCUGGGGAAGAAGAUCAUGAUAAUGAUGGAGAAAGCGGGCCCAGUGUUUCGCCUGACUUGCUGCUAGACGAGCGUUGGUGGACAAAGAAUCUGUCCAACGCGGAACAAGCUAAACAUAAGUAUUACAGUGAGCACUAUGAGUACAAGAAAGUCUUGUCAACUAUACUGGACACGCUAACACCGGAUGAUAUCCGAGUUCUGGUUGACACAAUAGAUGAGAACAAAAGGCGGGGAGGCUUCGACAGGAUUUUCCCAAGAUUAGACACAGAAUAUGACCAAUACUUUGAGAAGCCCAGAUAUCACAACCUUCUUGUUCAUGAAUGGAUAAAACGAUACCAUGGUAACGAAGAAGAAGGUAUAGCUCUACUGGAAUCUUACUGUAAAGAGUCCAAACAUCUUUCUGGCUAUUAAAACGAAGUAACUCCAGGAGCUACAUUUGACUUUUUACAAAGGAUGACAAUAUCUCCGAGAUUAAAGAGCAUGACAUUGUGAAAGAUCAGACAACGGGCACAUAUAACGGUGUGAAUUAAAAGAUUGGUUUGUCCACAUAAAAUUUAAGCCUCGUUUCUUUUUAUAAGCCUUUGUGAUAACUGUAUGUAUAUGUAUACAACUAUACAACUGCAUGUAUUGUAUAAUUGUUUUUUUUUCU